CAUAGAGACGAAGAGGCGGCGGCGGCCGGAGCGCCCCCCGAGCUCUCCGGGCGCUCAGGUAGAGUUGGCGGCGACCGGGCUGCAGCUGCGGAGGCCGGGCUGCUGGGGCGAGCGCGGGCCGCAGGGAAGGCCUCCGGGGUGAACCAUUUGAUGUAAAAGACCUGACUCCAUACUCCUCAUCUGCCCCAAUGCUGUCAUCUGGAGUGGAGACUCAGCCAGUUCCACUUGAUUCCUCCAUGUCUGCCGUGGUACAGGAAUUAUACGCUGACCUCCCAGUAAGUGUCUCCAAAGAGCUUCAUGCUGACCAUGAGCCAAGUGUGAUUCCAGAUGUAAAACCUGCAGCCUCGUGCUCUCCUGUCAGUGAGAGUAGGGCGGUGCCCUUGGAGCUGCAGAGGACCCGUUCGGAAAGUUGCGAAGAAACCCCUGCAGCCUUGGACCAUGGGGCUGAGCCUAGGCGGUGUGGGCUGGUGGACUCCACAGCACGAGGUUCUUUAGCUUCUGGCAUCUUGGAUAGGGAAGAGAAAACCAAGAGCUCAGAGCUAAAGGUCUUCAGAGAUGAAGGGGACCAGGAGGAAGUUGUAAGAGAGCCCUGUGAGGGAGCAAAGGAAGACCCACACCAGCAUUCCACAGCCGCUGAAGAAAAGAUCAGCCCAAGUCAGGAGGGCCUCCUGAUGCAGUCAAGCAAAGAACGUUUAUGCAUGGACCUCCCUGAAGAUUGUCUAAGGAGCAAAGAAGGAAUUGUACAGGUUACAACGGGAACUCUGCUUAAGUCUACUGAAGAAGUACAAGGUAUGAAAGACAGUGGUACUAAAACAAAUAAUAAUGGACACCAGAAAGGCAAUGUGAGUAAAGUUCUUUCAGCUGGGUGCAUCGACUACCCAGAAGUAGACAAAAUCAUGACCAGUGGUGAUGUUUCAGAAAUCAGCACAUUAAAUUCCCUAGAGCCUUUAACUAACUUUGUGGAUCCUGGAUUAACAGAAGCAACUCUUAAAAACAAAGAAUGUGAAGAAUUAAAAACUUGUCUUUCUUGGUUGUCAUUAUUACCAGGGAACAGUGCCAUUUCCAAAGUGGACAAUGGGAAGGAAGAGUUGCGCAAAUCAAACUCUGUCUGUGAAGCAGAUGACAAUCACCAACACCGCAGUGAGCGACACAGUUCUACACAAGACCAUCCCAAAAGCGUGAGAAAUAUAGCGAUUGUAGAACCCUUAGAAGAAAAUCCUGAAGUUGCAUUUGUCACAUCACGUUUGCCUGACCCAAAAUCUAGAACAGUAUUUUUAGAAGAACGUAAUUUUGAAAGUGAUAGUUUGCAAAAGAGAUCUGCAGAAAAAAUAGAUCAAAGCAAGAACUUGGCUUCUCAAGAGGAUAAUGAACAAUUUUUGGAUUCCAGGAGGAAAACCCCAGAGGAACUCUUUGUUAUCAGUGUCAGGCAACCAGAAGAAGAUACUAGUGAUCAUUGUUUUGAUGACAAAAAGACUGUAGACUUCCCAAAAGAAAAUAUCCAGAAUAACUGUUGUAGACAAGGCAGUAUCCAGACAGACAACUCUAUUUCUUCACUGCACAGUUCUUUCACUGAAACCACGGGAAUAAUGUUUAAUAAAAAAGAUGGGGAAAUCACGUUAGAUAGUCAGGGUAGCUUAACAAACCAUGAGGACCAUAGAGAAACUUUUGCUAAUAUGAGCCAUCCAGGCCAACACUCGGAAGACAACAGUGUUUCCUCUUUGAUGCUGAUUAAAGAGCCAGAACAGAGGACCACUGUGGAGCCCAAAAUGCUAAGUGAAAAGAAUUAUAAUAAAGACUCUCAUACUUUAGUUAGAACUCAGAUGGAUCUGGACAGCAGCACCCAGUUAAAUGAAUUUCUGAUUGAAAGAAAAUCCCUUGUGAAUUUAAAGCCUGAGGACCCAAUAAGGCCAAUGAAUGAGUUAGCAAAACCGGAGAAUGAUACUGCUCAGUUGUCAUCAUCCCUCGAAUUUGGUUUCCAGCCUGAGUCUGGAAAAAAUGUACAGACUUCACAGGACAAUAUUCCACAGAGCCAGAUCAUUGCCUAUGAGAUAAAUGAACUUCCUUCUACUAAGGAACUAGCUGUUAACAAAGUAGAAAAUGAAUGUGUUAUAAAUCAAGUGUCCCUUAAUUCUCCAGACCAUGAGAAGUUGCCAGCUAAUGAGGAAAUGCCUUUAACAGCAAGCAAGAACUCUCUACAGAGCCAUCGCCCUCCAUUAAAGGAUGGAGUGGACACCAUUGCUGAUACCCCGAUCAUGUCCAUGAACACAGAAGUGAAAGAGAUCUCUCCAGCAGGUGACAAAACAUGUGGUGCCUCUUCAAACAGUCUCACCUUAAAUAUCGAACUAGGAAGCCAAGAAAAGAAGAGGGGAAGGGUGGGUUCAGGAACAGAAGAGCUGCAUUCCAGACCGAUUUCAGGUAGAGAAGCAGCAGCUGGCUUUCCUCAAGACACCUUUAUUGUGGAAUGUCAGAGUGUUCAAUCUCAGGAUCUCUUGGACUGCCAUUGUGUGGGAAAAAAUGCACCAGAAGAGAUCACGGGUUCUGUUUGUGCUGCCUCUGAGUCCAGCCAAAUCACUCCCAGAGUGGAAAAUUCUUUGGCAAACAAGUAUGAAAAUGCUUGUUGGCAUGGUGAUCACUCCCCAGGAAGAGAAGGCUUAAUGGAAAAUAGCAUCCACAGAGUGGGUGAUACACCAGAAGAAAGUGAUCUUAAUGGUAAAGAAGUUAAAGACAGCUUUCUAGGAGAUAAGGUCAGAAACAAGCCCGAAGUAGGCGUGUUUAAUAGUGAAGCUUCAAACAAGACCAUUCACACCACCAGUCACCAGCCUAGUGAAGAAGGGCUAGAAGGGGAGGAACGGGAUAUAUCCAAAGAGACUGUGUUUUGUAAGUGUGACAUAUCUGGCUGUGCCCCUCAAGAACUGAACAAAUCUGUAACCAUUUCAAGUCCUGAGACAUUGUUGAACCAGUCUUCUACUAUUAUGCUCUCAAGUUGUAAAAACAUGAACCCAGAAGUUCUGACUCUUGAUCAGAAGAGUCAAGAUGAAGUCCUUGAUUGCCAGAAUAACCAAAAGAUUGUAUAUAGCAAAGAAGAAAAAUCAGUGAAAGAGACACAAGGUAGUGACCAGAGAGAGACCACCACAGAGCUUAGCAGAAAGGGAAGCCACAGUCAAAAGGAUCUGCUUAUCACUUCUUUGUCUUGUGGUAGUCCAAAGAAGGGCACCUUGGAAAGUGUUCCUGACAAGAAGGCGGCCACAGACGGUACAGUAGAUGUUAUCUACACAGACUGUAAUAAUAAGCCUCUAGAAGGAUUCCUGAACAUAAGGGAAUCGAGUGUACUUGAUGGUGGUAAAAAGCAAGAUAGACUGGCAUUAUGUGAAACCGCAAGAGGUGCCCUAUCUGAGAGAGGAGGGCCCAGUGCUGCAUUGAUGGAAGUUAAUGAUCAAGAUUUAGAGUUUCCAGGCACGGCUUUCUUUACAACUGAAUCUUCUGAAAUUAAAAAAUCAUGUGGUGAGAAAGUGUGCUGGUUGUUAAAAGACUGUGAAAAAAAAGUGUAUCUGGAAUCUUGUGCCAGUGACGUACAGUCUGGUGAUGUACAGUCUCUUGCAGAUCAUGAACCAAAUGUAAGAAUAUUGGAUAGAGUUAAUGUGUCUUUGAAUCAUAUUCAUCAUGGACUGCAAGUUACAGGCUCGUCUCGGAGAGAAAAGCAAGGAAUGACUGAAGGAUCGAGUUGUGAAGUAAAUUCUGAGUUUGACAAGGAAAACACCUUUGCAGUUUCCUCUAGAGAAUUGACAGCUUCUAGGUGUCAGGAUGAGAACUCUGUACCUCCCGGGCAGUUGGAAUCCAUUGGGAUGCCUCUGUCUUCUGAAGAGAACUCAGAAGCUGAUUUUAAUAGUGAAGAAACUAGCCUGGAAAGUUAUGUUAAGCCAAAAGAGGGCAGACAGCUUUGUGAACACGUCAGAGUCUGUACAGUUGGGCCUAAGACGGAGGAAGGAACACUGAGGGAUAGAAGUCAGUCGGGUGAAGGGAGCAGCAUAGGUGUCCGUGUGAAAGGUCUGCUUUCAACAGUGGAAACAGAAGCUGCAGGGCACAGACAAGAAACUAAAGACCAGAGGGACUCACUGGAUCACCAGACUGCUGAGGAGGAAGCUGGGAUGAUUACCCGAGAAGGUAAUCGUGGUGGAAAUAUUACAAAUGAGAUUCCUCAGGCCCAUAUUAAAUCCCAGAAGAUGCUUGGUAUUGCCAGAGAACAGCAGAGCCAGAGGGUUUGGGGCAACGUGAUGCAGAAGAAAGAGGAGGACAUACAUCCAACAGAAGCACCCUCGGUCCUGGAACAGUGCAGCUCAUGUAAUGUGUUGGCAAAGGUGCAGAAUGAGAGCCGCCUUCUGAAGCAUGGCGACGAGGAGGUUGCCAUGGCGAAAGAAAUUGCCACCGAAAAACUGGACCAGGGUGCCACUGCUGUACAGCAGCCGGCGUUGAAAGGACCCAGGGAAGAAAGUGUACAUCAGCCAGUGAAAAAGAGCACUGAAUUGUGCACAGCUCCUCGUGCCGACCCCCAGAAAGCGCAGGACCCUGUCGCUGCUGGGCGUGACGAAGUACACGGUGCCUUUGGGAACACUUCACACAGGAAAGGUGUUCUUCCCAUAAAGAAGCAGCCCCAUCGAACGUGUAAGAAAGCUUUCAGCCAGGAGCAAGUCAACAUGGGGAGAAAAAUAAGCAGAAUCAGAAGUGCUCCCUUCUUAAAGAGUUCCUCUGAAACCAUCCCCACAAAAGCACACCGAUUUCUUAGUUCACAGUUUGCGUCUGCACCCACGCAAUUGGAACCUGAAAAAGUCGCCUCCGGGAGCAAAGUCCGCCACACACCAAAGCAGAAGGUAUCUCCGUGCCACUCUUUGAGGAGCCUGAAUGUUAAGCCUACCAAAGACUCAGCCUUACUCCGAAAGCUGUCCAUCCUCGCCUCCAAACUGGCCCCGGCCUCCACGGCGCAGCAGCUAAGGUCCCAGCGGUGUUCCUCAGAACUCCUUCCCGUGGCCAAAAGCUGCAAGCGAUUCAGAUACACCAGGCUCCUGGACGGGUUUUCUUCUGGUACGGUGCAGCUGAAUCCGCAUUUGGCAGCUAGCGGGUGGGAUAAGAUGCCACACAGUAAGCCCUGGACUCUUUAUUCGCUCGAAACCAUCAAGCUGAACUUUGUCCGUUUGAGCAACAAGAUGCCAGCAGUGCUGUUUGGUUCUGAAGUCUUCCCGGCAUCCUUUCCCGUGAAAUCAGGCUCUCGGUGCCUAACAGAGUCCCCAAGGACUUUCCCUGAGCACUGCGCUCCAGCAAGGCUCGCCUUACGGGGGGGCCCCUGCUGCCCGUCUCCACCUCCCAAGUGGGCCUUUUCUUUCUUUCUGUCUCACAGUUUCCCUGGCAUGGCCUCGUUCAGGGACAGUCCUGACCUCCUCAGUCAGUCACUUGCCCGGGCCCCUCCACAGCCUCCCGCGCCUCUCCCAGACUGUGGGGGCGCCGCCAUCGUGCAGACCAGAGCAGGCUGCUCCAUCCUGGGCCUUCAUACACUGCUAGCACUUUGUUCCCCUGGAUGCUACCGAAUCUGGACAAAGAAACGGAGCUUCUCCAACCACAUGCCUACCGUGCAGAGGCUCUUCAUGACCCAGUUUACACAGGGCUUGAAAGGCUUAAGGUCCCCUGCCUCCAUCGCCGACAAGAUCUUCUGCUCUCUGCCCUACUCCGUGGGCCGAGUGCUGUCCAUUUGGAGCCAGCAUGGACCUUCUUCCUGCCCCUUCAAAAUCUCUUCUCUCCAUUCCACUCACAGCGAGGAGCAGCCACCUCUGAGCACCACAAGCAGCCACACCAUGUUACCAUAUGUGCCUCUUCCAGGCAUGGAAGCUACUUUCACCACCAGCGGCAGUCAGAUGAGGUUAGAGUCUCCAUUUCCUGCCUUGGUACCAAAGUCUUGCUUGGUAACAGACUCGACUGUCAGCAAACUCCUGCUUUCAACCUCUGAGUUCCAGGUUCCUGAGCUUGAUGAGCUAGAUGGGGUGAAAGCAGCAUGCCCCCGACCACAGAGCACCCCUCCGGAGCAGAAAGAGGCAGAGCCAGAGAAGAGGCCAAAGAAAGUGUCACAGAUUCGAAUCCGGAAAACCAUCCCUAAGCCAGACCCUAACCUUACCCCGAUGGGCCUUCCACGACCUAAAAGGCUGAAGAAAAAGGAGUUUAGUUUAGAAGAAAUAUAUACCAACAAAAAUUAUAAGUCUCCUCCUGCGAACAGGUGUUUAGAGACCAUCUUUGAGGAGCCCAAGGAACGGAAUGGGACCCUGAUCUCAGUCAGCCAGCAGAAGAGGAAGCGAGUUCUGGAAUUUCAAGAUUUCACAGUCCCAAGGAAGAGGCGGGCCCGCAGCAAGGUGAAGGUGGCGGGCAGCUACACCAGGGCCCAGAAGGCAGCCCUGCAGAGCCGGGAACUGGACGCCCUUUUGAUACAGAAGCUCAUGGAACUAGAGGCUUUCUUCGCCAAGGAAGAAGAACAGGAGCAAUCGUCUGGUUGUUGAGGAGCCGUUGCGGGUCACGGGGCUGGGGGAGCGACUCAAUUCAGACUUUUCCAGGCCCCUUGGCGGAAGUUCCUUCAGUGUCCCCAACCAUCCCGACCACUCAAAAUGAAGUCCAUGGAUUUUUUUUUUUUUUUUUUUUUUUUUACCUAUUUCCAGGUGCAACCUUUUUAGGAUCUGGUGAAGGAGGGUCCUCCACUUCUACUGCUGAGUAUGGAACCUCAGGAAGGCGCCCUCUCUCUGAGGAACUGUCCCCCAGGCCAUCUGGCUGCCCCCUCCCGCUCUCUGCCACCCAGGGGAGGAUGCCGCCGCAUAUGACACUAGGAUUCCGAGGACCACUCCCCUCCCCGCCCCCACCCCCGCAUUUGCACGUCUGUCUGGAAGUUGCGCGUUGUUUACAGUGGUGCUAGAAUGAGAUGAUCAUUGGGAGAUGUGGCCUGGGGCAGGGGGGCCCUGGAGUCCUGUCCUGUGUGGUCUCACCGGCUCAUUUCAGUAGUUAAGGAAAUGUGGGCUGUAAUGGUUUUUUUUUUUUUUUAAUUCUUUUCGUCUGUCUGCCCAGAACUCCAUGUGUGUCUGUAUGUCUGCACGCAUGUGUGUGUGGCUUCUCCCCGUUCAUUUUCUCUUCCCCUCUGUGACUGUGGGUCACUAGUGCCAGAGGAGCCCAUCCAGGCCCCAUUCAAAGUAAGUUGCACUUUUUAAUGUUGUGGUGUUGAUAAUUUCCAUCUGUUUUAUUUUUUUUUUCCUCCUUAAUUUUUUUUUUUUUACUGUUGCUGCAUGUUUUGAGCCUUUAAAUGUGAUUUUUUUUAAAAAAAAAAAAACCACCAACAACAAUGUUUUUAAAUACAUCAAGGAGAAAUAUUUGUCUUAAAAAUACAUGGUUCACUCGGUAAACUGGUGCAUGGUAUGGGACAGUGGUGAGACGUUUUUCCUGGUCACGUGACUCAAGCCGUCCCCUCCAUCUCAGACGUCCAGCGUAGCUCAUAAGAGGGAGCAGUUGUUUCAUCCAGGCUCUCCUACCUUGCCCGCUGGGUAAGAUGUAUUUGUUUUAAUGGCUGAAGUCAGAGCAAGUUGCUUGAUGGUUGAGCCUUAUCUUGUGGGUCGGGUCUUACGAUUGGGUGUUGAUAAAAGCUGACCCCAGGUGCUUGCCUCUGCCAGAGUAACCUGCUCUCGGAGUCAGAAAAGACAAGCCAUGCUGCACACCCAGAGAUGCAUUCUUCUAAUGGAUCCUGAAAUCCUAUGGCCAAGCCCUCUCUGGGCUCCUGUGUCAAACCUACUGGAAAUUUCCUUGAAUGCCAGAGUUGCUGAGUUGCUUAGAGGAGCCAACUGGCCCAGAGGUUUUAUUCCUUUUCCACUUAACCCCUGUGUGCCUGCCCUCUCCUGAGCCUUUUCCUUUCUUUCCCUCUGUUACAUCUUCUCAUCUUCUCUCUGUGUGUCUCUGUCUCUGUCUCUCUGUCUCUCUCUCUCUCUCUCUCUGUUCUCUCUGUUUCUUUCUCUCUCAUCAAGAGUUCAGAGAAUUUACAUUCCUUGACUGGUGAGUGGGAUGCUAAACCCAGCCGGAGACAGACACGAUCCUCCUCAGAGCCAGUGCUGGGAUGCAGCCACCAGUGGGAACUCUCAAAGCUCCAGAGACAUUUUCCAGUUGAGUCUGUUAGUGAAGAGUGAGUGGUGCCGUCCUGGACUGUGUCUUCCCCCGUCUGCUGUGCUCCGUGGGGGGAGGGGUGGGGGUGGGGUCCUCUUUGUGCCUUUCCUUUGCAGGUUGACCGUCUGUGCCACCCUGGGGCAGAAAAACUUGUUAUGAGCAAGAAAAAAAAAAAUCCAAGUGUUGUGUCUCCCUUCUAGGGCCACUGCCUCAGACAUAGCAUGUAGAUAGUGAAACACCCCUGGUCAUCCAUGGAGGCGUCUCCAGCCAUGGCCGUGUAGCUUUAGGAGAGAGCCCAGAAGCCGCACUGGCUCUGGACAGUAUGAACCAGAUUCUGCCAUUCUCCGUCCACAUGCCCAGACUGUAUAGACAUGACCUGUAUCUCACCUCAGUACCUCUUUCAGGGACAGGACCCUUGGACACUGAUGGCUUCUCACUAUCCCAGUGUUUCUAGGGAACAAAUUCCCAGUGGAUCUGAUCCACAGAGCCCUGUUCGCCAGCUCCAUCACUAGGGUAGACAAGUCAGUGGUGUGACAGCCAUCCAGUGGAAGUGGGCACACAGUUGGUAUAACCAACGUUGUAGAUAAAAUCUAAAGUUUGCCUGUGGUGCUCGGGAGCAUUGGCAUCUGGGAAGGAAGGAUGGGGCAGAUAGAGGCCUGGACUUGCUCCUUCUUGCUCUGGGGUGAAUACAGGGGACUCGAUCCUCUGGAGGCCAGCCCUACUUAGUUCAAAUUCUCGACCUCAUCCAGAGAACAGGUCUGCUGCUUCCAUUAAGGACGGCUUCCUCAGCAGCCAGCAAGACAGUACAGCGUUUAGAGCGUUUGCCUUGCAUAUAGCCAUCCCAAGUUCGAUCCCUGGCAUUCGAUAUGGUCCCCUGAGCACUGCUAAGAAUGAUUCCUGAGCACAAAGCCAGAAGUAACCCGGGAACAUUGCCAGGUGUGUCUCUCCUCUUCCCCCCCAAAAAAAAAGAAGGGGUUCCUUGGAUUGGAGAGAGGGUAAUGUGGAUUAAGACACUUGCCUUGCACACAACCGACCCUAAUUGGAAGUUUCGAUUGCCAGCACACCUAUGUUCCCUGAAGCCAACCCCUGAGCACUGAAACAGGAGUAAGCCUGCUCACCUGAAAUCAGUGCAUAGGGUCCUGGCUGUCCUAACACUUAUUUUUUAACACUGGCCUGGUCAGCUGCCGUGCGGUCAGCGGUCCCUAGAGCCCGUCAUGUCUGUCCACACCCAGAGGUGUUAGCCACCUGCCCAGAGCUGUGGAAGGGCCACCCUUUGGCCUCGUUGGUACGGUCUCGGUGCAACUUCUCAUCUCACGGGAUAGGAAGUUUCUGAUUCAGCUCUACAGAGGUGGAAUAUUUUUACUGUGGGAAAGAGAGGAGAAAUCUCAGGUCCAAUCAGGGUUUUGUCCAGUGUUUUUCACCACAAUGUUCAACUAUGGUUAUUUUGCAUCUUUCCCUUUAUCACUGUAUCCACCUUUACCCUGCCCACCUGAUGUCCUCUCCCACUCACCCCUUCUCUCUGGGUCUCCUGUCCAGCUUCCUUUCUCCAUUUAUUUUUUUUUUCUUCCCUUCAUUUAAAUGUACCUCGUCCCCUGUCAAAGCUGAUUAUGUCCACUUUUUCUUCUUGACCUUACUCUGAGGGAGGUACAGAGGAAAGACAUGUAGCGUUUGCCUUAUUUGGAGCCUGAAGAGCUCAGAAACUCAUGCUGUGAACCCCAAAACUCAGCGCUCCUCCAGGAGCUGUGAAAAUCAUGACACUGUCACAAUCUUGCCUGAAAGGGUCUUUUGUGUGGGCACCAGAGCCAACCUGAGGUAAAGUCCAGCUCCCACCCUCUGGGCGUCAUUCUUCCCCCCCUCCCCCCGGCUGACCCAUUCCCUGCCCUUGAGGCUCUGAGGCCGAGGCCACGGCUGGCCUCAUGGACACAGAGUGCUGGUCUCUAGGCUGGGAUUCCAUCUCACAAUCAACACCAUGUACAUUGAGAUCCACGGAAGUCCAACUUUUAGGCAGUGAUACUUGGCUCCCGUCCCGGGGGGGGGGGCAGUUGGGGGCAAGUAUGCAGUUGGUGCUUUCUUUUUAAUUCCCUUCCCUGUUUUGGUUUUAUUUGUUUGGGUUCUGUAAGCUUUUAACCCCGACCCCCCACUAUCAUGGAAAGGACCUCUUGAACACCACGUUGUGGGUGGCUGUAGCCAAAGUCUCAAUAAUUGGCCGGAGGUACGGAGCGCCCUUGCCCGGAUUCAGGCCAGGAAGGGACUCCCUGCCCCAGCUGAACUUCAGUCAGAAGCUGGCCGAGGAGGAAGGCUUCAUUUUACUGAGAUCACAGUUUGAUACUGUCACCGAGCCACACUGAGCAGCAGUUUCCGUGAGGGUCCCCAUCCAGCGCCCCGCCCCUCCCAUCUAGCUCAGCGUAGACUCGGGCCCAACGCUUGUUCAUUGUGUGACUCCGGGAGCCCCUCUCGGGUGCUGCGUUGGAUCGGAAUUCUUGGUGAGAGGCCUCAUCAUCUCCUUGGGCUGGUCUGGGCCAGUCAAUAGCUGCCUGAAGUGUUUCUAUGAUCAUGGUCAAUAGUUCAGUGAAAUUUGUACAUUUUUGGUAACACUGGCAUACACGAUGCCCCUGCAGUUCCUUUUCUGUUUGGUAGUUUGUGACUCUAAAAUUACCGCCUGUUAUGUGUGUUAAUUUAUGAAAAAUAAAAAAAAAUUUUUUGAAAGCCUUUGAAAGAGCUCUCAAGACUCUAAUUCUUAUGGGGCAUGUGGGGGGGUGGAGCCACACCCAGCACUGCUCAGGAGUGAACCCCAGUGGGGUAACCACAUAUAGGGCUGGAGAUUUGAGCCAGGCCAAAUGCACGGCAAGUGCAUUGCCUCCUUUUCUUUGAGCCACAUUCGGCAGUGCUCAGGGCUUACUCCUGCUCAGGAAUCCCUCCUGGCAGUGCUCGGGACCCUAUAAGGUGCCAGGGAUCUAACCGAGCCAGCGUGUGCAAGACCAGCGACUCCUGCUGUACUAUCACUCUGGUCCUAUUCAAGUCUUUUGCCUAUUGUUAAAUUGAGUGUUGUUGCUAUUACUAUUAUUAAAAUUAACUAGUUCAAAACACACAGUUCUGUGACUGGUAUGUUAAAAAUGUAUACUGUGUUGUUCAAAAGCACUUAAUCAUCCCCAAAUAAAAUUUUCCAGUGGUCAUUUAGCAGAUACUGAUGUUUCCCCUUUAAACAGGAUCUGAGUAGGGAUCAGAUGAUAGUACUGUGGGUGGGACACUUGCCUUUGCACACAGACGAUCUGGGACUAUAUAUGGUACCCCAUGCCCUGCCAGGAGUUCCUGAGCACCUUAUGUUAUGGGUUGAAUUGUGUGCACCCCUUUAAAAAAUAUAUUGAAAUUCUAACAUCCACCCACCUUCUCCCCCCCAUGUCCACCUGCCAACCUAUAGAAUUUGACUAACGACAUUGCUUUAGUGGAGGAGAGUAAGCCACAAUGAUGCCAUUAGGGUACGUUCUGAUCCAAUCAGAUUGGUAUUCUUAAAAGAAGAGGGUGCAGGCGGAAAGCAGCGGCCUGGCGGCACCCACGUGGCAGGCGCCAUCUUCUAGACUCCAAACCCAGAGGUAUUCGGUUUUUACUUUUGGGGCUCCCAGGAACUCAUGGGAAGGGGGCGUAACCGGCACGCCCUCGGCCCAGAUAAAUCCGGAGCCGCUGAGCGUGAAUCGGACACUCUGCGCCUAAAGACUUUGAAUUCAGAGACUUCUUACAGCAAUGCACUGGGACUGUGAGCUGGGCUAUGUAAUUUCUGGCAGAAUUUUCCCUGGACUUUAUACAGAAAUCCAAAACCUGCCACGUCCGCGCGACUUAACAUUUAUAAUUGUCAGCAAUGUGAAACGGUUCCAUUUGAACAGGUCUGACUUGGGGGGGGGAAACUCCAAAUAAUAACAGUAAGUUUUUGUUGAAAUAUUGAAGGUUUUUAAUGUAGCAGCCACCUCUCUGGAUUGUGAACUAAGCAAAAGCCCCACGCUGGCCCACGCGGCGUGGCGUACACCAUACUAUGAGGCGCAGGAA